GAGAAAGUGGAAGUCACUCUUUCAUCAGCGGUUAUUGGUUCAGCUCGCCGCACUGCGGUAAGCCACUGAAAGAGAAGAUGGAGAUGGAAGACGGAGAACAGGGUGGAUGGGGUUCAAAGGCAUGGGACUUCCUCAGCACAGUCCGCUCUGUUUCACCGUUAAUCCAGUGCAUCACCAACUUUGUUUCCAUGGACCUGACGGCCAACACUCUCUUAUCAGCCGGUGCAUCACCCGCCAUGCUUCACUCCUCUAUUGAAUCCCCAGAUUUCACCCCUCAUGUCCACGCUCUUUAUAUCAACGUAGGAACUCUGUCCGAAAACUGGCUACCGGCCAUGAAAGUCGCCGCCCAGUUGGCUUCCAAGUUCAAUAAACCCUGGGUCCUCGACCCCGUCGCCGCCUCUGCCUCCGGUUUCCGGCUAAAGGCGUGUUUGGAACUGAUCUCCCUUAAGCCUUCCGUCAUCAGAGGCAACGCCUCCGAAAUAAUUGCCUUGGCUAACGUGUCCUUUGGAUCCUCCUCCACCAAAGGCGUGGAUAGUUCUCACGAAUCCACGGACGCCGUUGAAGCCGCCAAAUCCUUGGCUAGUUCCAGUGGUGCUGUAGUAGCGGUUUCAGGUGCGGUUGAUUUCAUCACCAAUGGGAAUCGAGUCGUCGGAGUACGAAACGGCGUGCCGAUGAUGCAAAAGAUUACAGCCACCGGAUGCGCUGUCACGGCUUUGAUCGCUGCUUUUGUGGCAAUUGAUCCGUCGCAUGCUUUGGAAGCUACGGCUUCGGCGUUGGCCGUUUUUGGCGUUGCUGGUGAGAUCGGGAUGGAGACGGCUGGAGGUCCUGCUUCGUUGCGGAUGCACUUGAUUGAUUCUCUCCACGGACUUGAUCAAACGGCUGUAAUUUCUCGUGUCAAAAUCGUUACCGUAUAGAGCAUCAACCCACCAUUUAUGUCUCUUUACAAUUGAUAUCGAGAGUUGGACACC